UCGAAAAAAUACGAUCCUGUGAAUGAUCACCUGAAAUUUUUCUCGCGAAACUGUGUUUUAUUUAUUCGUUUUUUUACUAUAAAAUAUUUCUUUUUAAUAUUCCGAACAAUAGUAUGUACAUCGGAAAACAAUGAUUUACAGUAUAAGUACAGUGGUUAUUGUGAAAUAAAUCGUUUUCUCGUUGACGGCUGAUGACAGCGGUAUCCGCCAUGACACCUUUAAAAUCUAGUAAAAAAUGAGUGCAUAUCUAUAUUAUUUCUUAGACCAAAUUUAUAGUAGACGUUCUCGCUGAAUCAUUUUAUACAAUGAAUACUUUUCUUCUACGGAUCAAAACUAAAUCUGGUCAUCAAAUUAUCAGCACUUUAUUAGCAACUGAUACUGUUUAUAAUCUUAAAGUAAAAUUGACUGAAUUUACUGGAAUUGAAUCCAAAGCGCUUCAUAUUUUAUAUGGUUUUCCUCCUAAAGUUUUAGAAGUAAGCAAUGAUACAUUAACUUUAAAAGAAGUCGGUAUAAUGUCUGGAGAAACACUUAUAGUUGAAGAAAAAUCAGUUUUCAGUGAGUUUUUGAACGAUAAUAUACAAUCAUCAUCACACCUUAUUAGUGAUGGAAACUCUCAUGUUCCUGGAACAUUUAUAAAAAAAGUGGUUCCUGCUGAUAAUUCGUGUCUUUUUACAAGUAUUGGAUAUGUUAUUGGCGGUAAAAUUAACUCCGAUUGUUCAAGUUUUAUGAGAGAGAUUAUUGCUAAUACUGUCGCAGCUGAUCCUGAGGAAUAUUCAGAAGCUUUAUUGAGUAAACCGAAUAAAGAAUAUUGCAAAUGGAUAUUAAAACCCGAGUCAUGGGGUGGAGGAAUCGAACUUUCUAUUUUAUCAAAAUUUUAUGGAUUAGAAAUUGUAGUUGUUAAUAGUGUAAAUGGAAAUAUCAACCGAUUUGGUGAAGAUCAACAUUAUGCUCAGCGAGUUUUUUUAAUAUUCGAUGGAAUUCAUUAUGAUCCAUUAUAUAUGGAAUCACCAAAUAGCGGGCCAGUUCAAACAAUAUUCCCUACAAAUGACAGUGAAAUACUUUUAAAAGCAAUGGAAUUGGCAAAAGAAUCUUUUUCUUCUCAUCAAUAUACAGAUGUCCAGAAAUUUACUCUUAAAUGUAUGGAUUGUAAUAUUUAUUUACGUGGAUCAUCGGCUGCAAGUCAACAUGCAAAACAGUCAGGUCAUAUGAAUUUCGGGGAGAUAACGUCUUGAAUAUCAUUUUAUUCAUUCAUGAUAAACGUUGUUUUAUAACAUCAGUAAUAAAAUUGGAUAACUACAAAGAAAUUACAAACCUACGGUUGGGAUGAUUAUCAUUGGAAAUUGGUUCAAAUAAGUCCGACUGAUGGCAGCACUAUGAUCACAGUUGACCCCAGCCAUCCAGGCUUACCCUAGUAAGCUAAGAUAAUAAGACGGAGAUAGAUAUAUUCUCUGCUCUGUCUCGCUCGGAACAGGUUAUUCUGAAAUUUGUAAAUUUCUUGGUGCCCUAAGGCUCCCUCAUUGUAGUGCAUCCCUGAAAAUUAUCAUUUUUCGAACGAUUUCAUUGUUACCUACUCAAUUUCAAUUGAUAUCGAGCUUCGGCCUUUCGCCGCACAACGCGAGGGCGUAAAAUCAACUCUAGAGAUGUGAAUUUACCGGUAAUAGAAAAUUCGGUAAUUACCACGUAAAAUUACCGGUAUCUGACGGUAUUCUGACGUCAAAAAAUUCUGAAUGUAAAAUUUACCGUCAAGCCGUCGGUCAGCGUAAUUACCGUAAAUUACCGGUCAUUCGCAUCUAUAUAGAUGAAUAUGAUGAGCUUUUUACCGAGGAAAUGGCUUGCUUUCGAACUUGCUUGCCAAUUUGCUUAAGUUAAUUUUGCUUUUUGCACUUGUUAAUUUAAAACUAAUUAAUUAUUAUAAGAUGAAAAAAAAAUUUUGUAAUUUGUAAUAAAAAAAAUAUUUUACAUUUUUGACU